AUGUUCGAGAUCCAGAUUGUGUCCGACUUGCAUCUGGAAAAUCCUUCUGCCUACAACUUAUUUGAGAUUCCAGCUAGAGCACCCUGUUUGGCGCUCCUGGGCGACAUUGGUGUCGUUGCGGAUGAUGGCUUCUUCUCUUUCAUCGAGGCCCAACUACAACAGUUCGAAAUUGUCUUCUUGCUUCUAGGAAACCACGAGCCCUGGCAUUCCAGCUGGUCGCAAACUAAAGCGAAAAUUUAUGACUUCUCCGACUCGGCCGCUCAACGGCGCACCAACCAGGAAAAGAAGGGCGGUUGCUUUGUGUUUCUUGACCGAACCAGAUAUGACAUAUCUCCGACAGUGACGAUCCUAGGAUGCACUUUAUGGUCAGAGAUCUUAGAACCGCAGAUGGAGCGCGUAAGCUUCGGUAUCAAUGACUUCUACUAUACCUUAGACUGGACAGUCGAGGAUCACAAUGCAGCGCAUGAGGGAGACUUGAAAUGGCUCAACGAUCAGGUUGCCGAGAUCUCGGCAUCGGACCCGGAUCGACAGAUCGUGAUCCUAUCUCAUUAUAGUCCAGUGGGGAAAGAUACGCGCGCUAUCGAUCCGAGGCAUGUCAAGAGUCCAUUGUCCUCGGGGUUCGCCACAGACCUUUCGGCACAUGAGUGUUGGAGAAACCCUCAGGUUUGUCUCUGGGCGUUUGGACAUACCCACUAUAAUACUCACUACAAAGAGGAAGAAACGGGAAAACUGAUCAUGAGUAACCAGCGGGGCUACUAUUUUUCUCAGGCGGACAGAUUCGACCCAGGCAAAGUAGUUCAUAUUGCCUAA